AUGGAUUCUCUUCGACCGCGCGUUUGGGCGUCAGCUCGAUUGGUCACGGAUCUGGGCAAGAAAGGCGACAAGUUCGGGGUCGAGCUUACAUUUACCAUGCAACAUCUCAGUUCUGAUCAGAUGAGAACGAAGGAAGUCCUGGAACGGAUGGCCAAGAAGAUAGAGAAGGUGGGCAAGAAGAAGAAUUGGAUUGGGGGGAGAACAGGCUGGGGAAUGAAGGUGAAGGUGGUUAUUGUCGUCACUGAGAUAUCCACAGGCAGAUAG